GCCUCGCUGCGAUUGGCUGGCGGCUACCUGGGCAUGCAAAUGAGGGCGCCUAUAAGAGUGGUACCCAGCCGCCCAGGUGAGCAGCAUCCUCCGCAGCAUCCAUCUCAGCAUCCUCCGAAUGGCGCUGGCCUCUUCCCGGCCCCGCAGCGGCUCCAUGUCGGCGGGCUCCGUCCGCUUCUUCCCAGGCUCCUCGGGGGGCUCCGUCCGGGGCAGCUCCAGCGGCUCCGACUCCUGGUUCUCCUUGGCCCGGCUCAGGACGGCUCUGCCGGCGGCGGCCCGAGGGACUGAAGCCGCCUUCGUCUUGCUGGGCCCUGGGCGGCAGCAGGAGGCCCUCCAGGGGCUGAACGAGCGCCUGGCCGGCUACCUGCAGCGGGUCCGGGGCCUGGAGGCUGCCAACCGGGCCCUGGAGGAGGAGAUCGCCGCCGUCCGGGCGCGCCGGGCGGAGGCAGCCGGCCACAAGGACUGGGAGGCCUGCGAGAGGCCCCUGGCCGAGCUGCGGAGGCAGGUUGAAGAUCUCAAUAUGGAGAACAUGAGACUUCUUCUACAAAUUGAUAAUGCUAGAUUGGCAGCUGAUGACUUCAAGCACAAGCUGGAAGCAGAGCAGGUGGUAUGUGACAGUGUGCAAAAGGACACCCAUGGGUUGCGUAAAAUGAUUGAUGAUACCAACUUCCUCCGCUUGAAGCUGGAAGGGGACCUGGAGUCCCUCCGGGAGGAGCUGGCUCACUUGCGCAAAAGCCACAAAGAGGAAGUGGAUGCUCUCAGUGCUUUGAUUGCCAACUCUGAUGUAACAGUGCAAGUGGAUAAUCCCCAGAAAAAUGAUCUGAAUGAGACUAUAGCGGAGAUCCGCAACCAGUAUGAGAAAGUGGCUGAGCAGAAUCGUGCUGAUGCUGAGAAAUGGUACAAAACCAAGUUUGAAUCCAUGUCCCAAGAAGCUGAUGUAAACACUCAAGCACUGGAAGAAGCCAAACAAGAGCUAUCAGAAAUUCAGCGGCAGCUGCAAGGUCUGGAAAUUGAACAUCAGAGCCUCCAGAAAAUAGUAGACACCCUGGAGCACACCUUGAAGAACACUGGAGAUCGCUAUCAUAAUGACAUGACCCACCUUAACCAGAUAAUUGCCAAGCUGCAAGAUGAUCUGGCAGCUUGCCGGGCUGAUCUGGAGAGACAGGCCCGAGACUACGAGGCACUUCUGGAUAUCAAGACCAAGCUGGAGAAUGAAAUUGAACACUACCGCAGCUUGAUUGAGGGGGUGACAGACAGAGGAGAGUUGCCGAACGCAGGCAAAGCAGACACCAGGAAACAGACCAUUAAGAAGGUGGUGAUCACCACGCAAGAAAUUGUGAAUGGGCAAGUGGUGACCCAGAGAUCUGAAGAAGUGAUUCAAUAGCCUUUUCCAAUGUAUGAUGUGUAUUGGGCUAAUCCCUGUCUCGGCAGUUUCUUCUGUGGCUCAAUAAAACAAUA